AUGCAUUGCCUCCUGGAGGGUCUCGCACAUGCUCAUUUCCGUGAAUUUCUAGGCCUCACAGCCGACUCCGCCAAUCGCAAGUUUGAUGUUGUCCCUGCUUUCGAACAUCCUUUCCUCAACGUUAAUUCACACAAACCUCCAGAGUUCAAUGAGAAAGACGUCAGAACCGUCCAGUCAAUCCAUGGCCUUCUUACAGAAGCAGUUCCUGACCUCGAGGGAAGUGACCCUGAGCUCAUUGAGGAUCACGUUGUUGACUUAGAGAGAAGACUGUUGAUGAAGAAGGUCGCAUGUCUUCAGUUCGUAUCUGUAGGUUUGGGCAUCGAGCCAGAUGUCACACACCCUGGAAAAAAAGUCUACAAAAUUCAUUGGGUUAGAUCGCUCCUUGUUUGGCGUCGAACACGACCUUUCUCUCCUGGGUUGUCAAAAUCGCGCAUUGCUACUCCAGAAGUUAUGUGGCGUAUUUCUGAUGUCAUCAAGACGACAGAUACGCCCUCUUUCUUGAGAUCAGUCCCCUAUAACUUUGGGGAAACAAAAGCUGGGACUGUGAAGGCCGACGAAUGGCGCACGUUAACGACUGUAUACUUACCCAUAGCGUUAAUCAGUUUAUGGGGCGAGGGAUCAGUACAUCGCAACACAGACAUCGCGGACAGCCGUCGUGCCACCCUUGAUCACACAAUGGCCCUCGUAUCUGCUAUUCAUAUCGCCUGUCUGCGCUCCAUGAUGACGGAUCGCGCAGACACAUACCAUACAUAUAUAGUCGAGUGGAUAAGGGAUUUGCAAGUAAUUCAUCCCCAUGCACACCAUCGAACCAAUGGUCAUAUGGUGUUGCACGUCUGGGACUACCUGCAACUCUUCGGACCCGUGCGGUCAUGGUGGUGCUUCCCAUAUGAGCGCCUCAUCGGGCAGCUACAGCGGUUGCCCAGCAAUCACAUUUUUGGACAGCAAGAAUCAACACUCCUCUGGUCAUACAUCAAGGCUGCAAAGCUCAAAUACUGGCUGAACCAUCUCUCUUGUCCUCCUGUAUUUAGAGAGGUCAAGUGGCUAUUUGACAAAUUUGUGUCUCCCUCGAUCAACGCUAAUCCAAGCGAUGGAUUCCAAGGUCACCCGAUGGCCUCUACUAUAAAAGAAGUUAUUCCAGAAGACCUCCGCCAACUCAUUCAACUUCGGCGGGCAGUCUUGCAUGCUCGCACCCUCCACAAGGGAUCUAUCUAUACUCGCGACUCCACUCAUGUUGGUAACAGCCUCAUUCUUUAUUAUCCUGACGGCCUUAGGAAUGUGCAACCAAUACCAGGGACCAUCAAGUAUAUUUUCGAAACAGAGUGA